UGUUUGAUAUUUUAUCAAUUAUUUUGUUCGACUAAUCAAUUCGUAAUAUAUGACAUAAGUCAUCUUAUCAAUCAUAUUUGAUUAUUCAUUGAUUUAAACAACAUCUGCUAUUUAUGUAUAUAUAUAAACCUAACUUAAUUUCUCAGAUUAACAUAAUAUUCAUCUUUCUAUUCUUGAACAAAUAAUGUUUACAAUUUUGUCUUCGUUGUAAUUGACUCUACAAGAGUUUUCACUCAAUAUGAUCGACUAUGUUGAACAAACUUCCACUUCUUCGUCUAAAUUCCAAUUAUCAAAAAAGGUACGUAAAAAAUAAGACGAGAGGAGUAGAAAAAGGAAUUGAUCGUGCAAUCGUUCUUUUAGAUUCAAGUGGACAAUGCUGGUUUUAUAAAUAAUCAAGCUAUUGAGAUAUCGAGGUGCCAGUCAAUAAGAAAGAAUGAUUAUUGGUUGUGUGAAGCAAUUUUGAACGAAACGUAAGUCAGCCUCAAUAUUGCCGAUGUUUGUUCAAAUUAAACUGAAUCAACCGAACUGUGUAUGAGUACCGUGGAUCAAUUAGCACAUGAAGUCUAAUUUACAACUUCGUUUCCAUGUCUAUCCUACGUCAGCCUUUUGCUAAUCUGCUUUAGAUAUGACGACACAUUGAGGGAUAAUGUUGGUUUCUACUUACAUUGAGGUAAAUAGUGAGGUUGAAAGCGUUCUAAAGGAAUUAAUUGAUACAAUAAAUGAAAACAGCGAAAUUGAACAUGUUUUGGAAGAAUUAUUAAUUCAAAUUCUUGAAAAUGAUGAUGAACUCGAUUGCAUUCGUGGAAUAUUCAACUGUUCUUUAUCAUUUGAUGCGAAUAUGACAUUUAUGGAGGAGGAUGUAAAGCUGUAUCCACUACAUAACAUUAGUGGUUUGGAGCAUUAUAACGAAGACGAUGAGAGACGGAUGAUAGCCGAAUUAGAUGGACGAAUCAAACAAUUGGAGUUUGAUAUUGAACAACAAGAAGAAGAACGGAAAAAUGGUAGUUUUAUAUGUGUAACAGAAGUUUUUCAUAACAAAGAUGUUUAUGUUGUUAUUGACAUUGCGUAA